AUGCCUCAAUCUAGACCUGGGUCCCCGUCCAGACCGGGACCCUCGCGGACACCAAGUGUCUGGUCCAAGGUCACCAAGUCUGCUGGGCCAUCGAGAAACAACAGCGCCAUAGAACGACCGACCGGACCAUCAAGAGCAUCGAGCGUCUGGAAUGGACCUGCUGUGAAGGCAGACACCGUUCACGCACCCUUUGUCGGCACACCUUACACAAACACACCAGAGACCGGAUCUCUAAACGAGAAAGGAUCAGGCCUCGGGCGCGUGGUAGGAGGCAAGCACAAAGAAUCCAACAACGAAGCAGGCGUCGGCGCAGACUAUGGCCAACUCCUCGAAAUCAACGAAGAAAUGCCCCUAACCCUGACCGAACUCGUCCAACAAGAUGGCAAAGAAUACAUCAUGCUGCACUUCGCCCCCGGCGACCCCGAGAACCCCUUCAACUGGAGCAUGGGCUACAAACGCUUCGUAACCGCCAUGCUCGUCCUCAUGACCCUCUUCAUCGGCCUCGCAACAACAGCCUACAGUUCCGGCAUCAGCAGCAUGGUCGUAGACCUCGGCACGACCAACGAAAUCGGCCAACUAGGUCUCUUCCUCUUCAACUUCGUCUGCGCCCUCGCACCCAUGAUCCUCGCUCCCUUUUGCGAAAUGGUAGGGCGCAAGGUGAUCUACGCGGGAGCAUACUUCUGCUUUUGCCUUUGCUUCGUCGGCCUGGCAUUGGGAAAGAACAUCGCCACGAUCCUCGUCAUGCGCGCCUUCCUCGGUCUGUUUGGGUGCGUGGGUACGAUUUUGGUGGGAGGCACUUUCGAUGAUAUGUAUGAACCGCGCCAGCGCAGUGAGCCGAUGGCGAUGUUUUCGUAUAUUGCGAUCUUGGGCACGGUGAGCGCGCCGAUUUAUGCGGGGUUCAUCGACCUUACGAUCGGACGGAGGUGGAUAGAGGGGAUUCAGGGGUUGUCAAAUAUCCCUCUCCUGAUCUGCAUUUUUGUUUUCUUCCCGGAGACAAGAGGUGGCGUUUGUUUGCACAAACGAGCCAUGAUCCUGCGCAAAGCUACUGGAGACGAGCGCUACGUCGCACCGGACGACAUUGAGACGCCGUCUCUCAAGGCCAUGCUCAAGGCCUCGAGCGUCAAAGCCAUCCGAAUGCUCGCAACAGAACCUGUCGUCUUCGCCUUCGGACUCUGGAUUGCGUUCUCCUGGUUCGUGGUCUUCCUCUUCCUGAGCGUCAUCCCCAUCACUUUCAGCGAGAAGCGCGGCUGGAACGAAGGUGUAGCCGGACUUCCAUACAUUUCCCUCGCAAUCGGCACAACGCUAGGCUGGCUGGCCCAUCACCUCCAAAUGCGCAAAUACAGCAAAAUCGUCGACGACCCAGAUCGAAAGGUUACGCCCGAAGACCGCCUUUACGGCGCCAUGUUCGGUGCCAUCUGGUUCCCUAUUGGUCUCUUUAUUUACAGCUUCACGCAAUACGGCUACGUCCACUGGAUCACGCCAACGAUCGCGCUAGCACCUAUCGCGUUUGGGAUAUACUUUGUGUUUGAGAGCACGUACUCGUACACGGCGGAUUGUUACGGGGAGAACUCGAGUAGUGCGAUUGCUGGGCAGGGAUUCUUCAGGAAUACGCUGGGAGCGGUCAGUCCGUUGUUUGCGAGUCAGAUGUUUCAUGGCAUGGAGAGUCAGUGGGCGGGGUUGUUGUUGAGUCUUUUGGGGACGGCGUUGAGUAUGAUUGCGUUUUUCAUGUACAAGUAUGGGCCGAGGUUGAGGGCGAAGAGUAAGAGGGCGAGGCAGUAUUAG